AUGCGUUUCCGCGACGUUGUGAUAAAGGACGUGCGUGCCUUCUUGAAGAAGAAAUACACCGUCGAGCACGUGGCCACCGCCUGGCUGUUCUACCUCGACUACAAAGUUGACACCCAGCUCUCCGCGGAAGACCUCAUCGACGCCUGCGUUGCGUUGAACGACGAUGAGCGGGACCUGCGGAACACCCCGCUCGGCGGGUACAUCGGGUCAAACGCGUUGGAGUUGCUGCAAAUCCAGCAUCAGCUCGGCGCCGGGUCGGUGUUACAGCCGGCGGGUCUGUCGAACAGCCCCAAAUCUUCAAUCGGCGGGAGCGGGGGACAGAAAGGCAGCGAUUCGAAUUCCGAGAAUGAAAACAGCGGCGCAAAACCGUCACACCAGCAGAACUUUGACGACGAAGUAGACCACAAUCAAAAUUCCGCCCGUUUGCAGGAGAAGUUCUACUCGCUGCACGGGGUGUCGACCUAUCUCGAUUUAAAACACCAAGCGAGGAAGGAACUGGAAGAGCUGGAACGGAAUCCGCCGCCGAAGGACGAGAGUAUUGUGCGACUGGAGUACUUUUACGAUGAGGACAUGAAGAAAAAGUACUACAUCAAGGAGGCCAAGCACGCCGCGAGCUACCUGCGCGACACCCCGAUUUCGUUGGCCGAUCUGGACCCGUUGGGAUUCCGGAUGAUCAGCAGCUUUAUCGACUGGCUGCUGGAACUGUUUAAGGACAAGGAGCAUCCGGCCGAGGAUAAAAACGACAUCACGACCCGGAUCUUCUUCAACAUGUUCGAUUCUGUUUUCCCGAAGGGAUUGGACCGGAACAUUUUGAGGGAAGCGGUUCCGUCGUUGGAAACGUUGAACAAGUUCGUCAAACCCGGUUCCUUCGCGGACCAAAACAUGCGGAAGUACGCGAAUUACCACAUAGGAGAAAAAAUCGCAUCCGAGAUCGAGCAGGAACUGAAAGACAACUACGGAAACGUGUACUGCUUGGACCGCGAGAUCUUCCAGGACGGCAUGCGCGCCUUUCACUACCCGUUUUUAGACGAUGCAGGCAGGUUGUUUAAGCUGUUGGAUGUGAGUCAAAAUGACCAGCUGGAGUACUGGGAAUUGCGGCAGCUGGCGCCGGACCUGGUGGUGAAGGUGGGCGGGAACAGCUCGGUUGUUCCGGGGAGUCCGAGCGCAGCUGCUGGUGUAGCCACACCUACUUCUACUGCGGACCAUAGUGCAAGUGCCACAACCGCGGGGGAAGUUUCUACUGGUGUUUUACUUUCUCCUUCCAUGCCCAAGACCAAAAAAUCUCCGAAAGCCGCGAUGACCCUUCCGAGUAAAGAGGAGGAGUUUGCGGAGUUGAUGAAAGCGCGGCAAAACCGCGGAGAGCUGCUUGUUGACACGAACACACACAUCAAAAACUUCAUCCGCGCGGUGUACGGGGAGAAAAACCCGUUGCGGGCGUGGCAGGACUUGGCGAGGCGGCAGUACGAGAAGAGACUCGACCCGAGCGAAAUCACGAAGUCCGAUUUUCUCCACUGGUGCGGCCGGGUGCAGUACCACGGGAACAAGAACUUGGCCUGGAAAAACAUGGACAAGGACGAGCAGGGAACGGUGUCGAUCGAGGAGUUCGACGUGAAAGCCGCGGUCGCGUUGACGAAACUGCAAGCCUUUUACCGCGAGAAAUUUGUGUCCUUCGAGGAACUGAUGGUGCAGAUCUUCAACAACAAGAAGCCGAUCCAGUACCAGUCCUUGUUUAAGAGGUUAACCGAAAAGGAAUUCAUCCACCGGAUGCGGAAGUUGGAUUUUUUGCCGAAGUUGAACAUGGAGAGCGCCUUCGACUCCAUGCUGAUCAAGGCCAGCGCCGCGGUGUGCAAGGACUCCCUGCUGGUGCACGCGGACCCGGCGUUCUGGACGUUUCGGCUCGGCGCGGUCUGCAGGUACUUGAACCGGUACUUGAAGCUGCUAACGAAACAAGCGGUUUUGCUUGAAAAGGAAAAGCAAGCGAAACUGGACAAGUUGAGACAAGGACAAGGCGAAGUUAUAAAGAGUCGCGACGAUGAGAAUGGAGGUUCUGGAGUUGUCGCAGGAGAAGGAGAACAUCAAGAGUCAAUAGCCACCUCCCAGCAGGACGAGAUUUUACCGCUCUCAGCUAGCGGCGGAAAAAGGGCUGCAAAUAACCAGCUGACGAUCGAGACAGGGAGCAGUAACUCUCCAUCGAGCGGCACUCGGAUGAACAAGAGUGUCACCGUCCUCCCAGGAGAACAAGACACUACCGGCACCACAAGUACUAGCAUGACCAACAAUUCCGCCACGGCAACUCCGACCACCGUCGAGAGAGUCAUCGACACGACACCAAACUACUUUAGCCGGUCCUCGUCCUUACGAAGAUCUCCAGCAGAAGAACCUCAAAACAAGGAACAUGAACAUGAUCAGCAACAAAGUUCCUUAUCCUUUGUCAAUUCUUUCGCCGAGACCUUUGUGACCAAAAUCGUGAACCAGGGUCUGGAUGAUCUCGAUUACGGGCUGUACCUACUCGAAAAGUCCUACGGCACAAACGAACUUAGCUACGGCACGACGCCCAGUUCCCCGGGUAUUUCCGCUUUCGAUGAGGAAAGCAUGAACUACCAGAACUUCGAGAAUGAUAAUGAAGAGGAUGUUGACAACGACAACCUAUUCGGGGGCGCUGCGGGUGGUCGAACAAAUGAGCAUGAGGAUUCCACUAACUUCCCUCUGGAGCUGGAGCUGAAGCAGCUGGAAACGGUCAUUGAAGAGACGCAGAACGAGGUGGACGAAGAAGAAAACGCGGACAAUUUGGACGAAUAUAAUGACCACAACGAGGAUCACGAGUCGAGCUCGAGGUCGACUCAACAACAGCGGGACCACAACUACAGCAAAGAGCUCCUGCAAGAGACGCUCGCACAGGAAGGGAUGUUGGGCGAUGACGGGAGUAUGAUUGGAAUUGCAGCUUCGGAAGGAGAAUUCAUGUCCCCAGAACAAGAGGAAAUUGACCACGUUGCGCAACUCCACGACUGGAUUCUUGCCGAAGUGGAGGGCGGCAGAUCCGAAAUGGGCUUUCUCCGCUCUUUGGGAAAUCUGGACCGGCAAUCGCUCAAGGCGUGGGCGCCGACCGUGGAGAACCACGCGGUGUUUCAGGGUUUGAAAAAUCAAGUCAGGGAGACGCUGAUCGAAGCGGGGAAAGCCUCGAAGAAGUUUCGCAAGGUCGUGCGGCAACUGCAAAUCAUCAAUCGCGCCGCGAAAAUCGGCACGGGGAAGAAGUUGCAGCACUUUGGCGACGUGGUGGACGAAGCCAUGUUGGUACACGCGUUGAACAAGCAGCAAGAGUGGCAAGAAAUCGACUCCUCGGACGAGGACGAAGCGGGGUUGCAGACGGCCGCGAAGGUCUUGUCCUCCGAUGACGAACAACAGGGGAGCAACAACGGCUUACAUCAACGGCAGUCGCCGUUCAAUCAAACCGGAAAAUCACUAUUGUCCGUGGUGUCCAAGGCAAGCAAAAGCUCUUUCGCUACAGCCACGAGCAAACAGCUAUCUACUUCCGGGAUAGGAGGAGGAGGUGAUAACAACAGUACGAAAAGUGGUAAUAACAUGAACGAAUUAUCCCAGACUUUUGCGUCCUCCACCAUCCGCUCCAUCGGGUCUUUGCUCCAGCGGGUCCAGAAGGCGCGAAAACAGUCCUCCCUGCGGCGGAGGUACGAGAAAAAGCGGUCGGAGUAUUUCCAGUUCCUCUUUCGGUGUCUCUGCCACGACGGCGUCUACGUGCAGCCGAAGGACUUUUUGUUUCUGCAACGGUGGCAACCGCCGUUAUUCCUGAAUGCGAAGCCCGACGCGGAGGGGUUUGCGGCCCUGCAGAAGAUUUUGCGGUUGUACUACGGGGGGAACGACCUGUUCGUGUGGCGCAACGUGGACGCGGACCUGAGCCAGAAGGUGAUUUACUCCGAAUUCGAAGAAGCGGCCACGUUGUCCGUGAACAGCACGGGGGUGGCCGCGGCAAGUGUCGCUUGGAACGUGCUGAAGUCGAACUUGCGGAAGCAUGAUGCCGAUAGUGCGCUGGAAAAUAACGGCACUUCAGCGGAACAAUCGCACCACAAAUACGCCGUUUCUGCCUUCGGUAAUGCGUUUCAACAGCAGAAAUUCCGGCUAUCGCAGUUGCCGGGCGCGUGGGUGCACUUGGACAAAAACCUCGAUGGGUUCGUCACGAUCACCCAGUACGCACCGGAGACCGCGACGAUCUUGAAGAAGUUCUUCUCUUUCUGCGCAUUGAAUUUCGGCGGGUAUCUGGCCUUCCUCCAGCACCUCGUCACCUCGAUCCACGGAGCCAAGAUCGCCACUGAAAUCUUGGGAAACAGCAGCAAGAAAAGCUCCUCUUCCGCGGACAGCAACGUCCCAGCGGAGCUGCAGGACCAAAGCAAGAGCAAGAAGAAGAAGACCAGCCUGCAGAAUCGGUACAGCAGCCAGAUUGGGUGCUUGCCGUUUCGGAAGGUGAUGUGUAAGGCCGGGUGGACGGGGGACGUGAUGAAUUUGUUUGACCUGCUGGACCAGAAACAAGAAGGCCACAUCUACCCAAGCGAAAUCCAGUGGCUGCAAACGCUAGACACGCCGGCUUUUCUCAUGUCGGGAACUACAACUAGCGGGGAAAGUGGAGGUGCCGCGAACAAGCAGAAUAAAAUCAAGCCCUUGAAGGAUUGCUCCCGGUUUGAGCGCGCACCUGUGUUGCAUGACUUCAACAAAAUAAAGCAAGCCGAUGAUUUGUCGGAAAAUAAAGGGCUAAAACCGCAAACCCCAGCACCAGCAGGCGACCACGCGUCCUCGACCAAGAAGAGCACCAACCAGAACCGGCCGCUCUCGCCCACCGCCAUUAAGAAGGAAACGGACAAGCAACUUCAGGGGAUCUUGACCCACGGGCGGUUAGAAUCCGUCGGGACGGCCACGUCGAAACGCGAUUCCGAGUCCUCGAUCAUCACACAGGAGCAGGCGGACCGGUAUUUUCACCUCGUGGAUGCCGGCAGGGUGCAAAACGGGAAAAUCCUCGCCGCUGGGCAAGGCUUGCACGAAGACCUGGAAAAUUUGACCGUGUCCGACCUCCCGUCCGAAUCCUCCGAAAUGGAGGAGGUGGAGGUAUUUGACCGCGUUUCGAAUUCCAUGAAAACCAUUGUCCGGAAAAAGAAAAAAAAGCGGUCACUGACCCGGACGGAGCGGAUGCAAUACCGGUGCGCGGACGAGCAGGACUGGGCCAUGCAGACUCUGGAAGACCAGGAAAACCGGAGGCUACUCGCCGAGCAAGAGUUUGAAAAUCGGAACAACAUCGGCGGCGUCAAGUACAUCGACAAGGUUUUGGACGACAGAACGGCGUAUGAUUUUGUGUUGGAGAAAAGAAAAAACAGACUAAAAGAAAACCGCAAAAUGUACGGAAAAUCGCACAGAUUCGCGGACUACCCGGAGAGAAGCGAGAGGGCGAUGGUUUACGUCCGGAAAGCAACCGAUCCGGUCGGAAGGCCGCCGGUGAUGUCGGACGGGGGGAAGAAGAAUCCAAAACCCGUGACGCCAACCUCCCCAAAUCUUUUUCCCGAUGCGCAUUUGGACUUCUGCACCGGGACCAACACCGGGGGAAUGUCAGAGUCGACCCGGUUGGCGGCAACCAGGGACAACUCCCUGUUGAGUCGGGGCAGUAUGAUGUCGACCUCAAGUAGCAUCGCGUUCGACGAAUCAACGACGUUUUCCACAGUCUCGUCGAGUGGCGGAGGUCUGGGUCAUCAGCGUGGUGACAGUCGCGGGCGUAGAAGUCGAAACCGGAGAGAUAGGGGGCGGGGAAGUACUAGCAAUUACACCCAUAGCCUCGUCUCAAUGGCGAGCUACGACGCCAUUCCCUGGCGGGGCCGGGAGGCUACGAGCAAGGCGGCUGUGAGUAGUGGUCAUGAACGAAUGUCAGCGACUGGUAUGAUCACAGGCGUCGGUGAUGAUGAAUAUGCUUCCUUUAAUAUGCUGCAGAGGGCCAAUGAUAUCGGAGAAGAUGUGACAGAAGUGACUGCAGAGCAGCGACCUGCUGCAUCAUCGAAUCCGAAGCAAUCUUCCCUGUCGCCACGAAUUAUUUCCUUUGUGGCGGAUGAGGAACAGUAUCAGGACCAGCAGGAGGAACACCGACAAGAAGAAAAUGUUGCACUAUCGUCGCAAACUACACGAGGAGACGAUGUUGUCGACAAUGGUGCGCCAGCUGACUUGGAGCCGGAACUCGAACAACUACACCAGCUCCAGCUGAACCGAAAGCUUCCGGAUUUCUUUCAAGACGAUCGGCCCCCGACGGGUUCCACAGUCGCACCAAUCGGCAGCAACAGCCGGCCGCAAACUUCCGCGACCUCGGCUUCACUCCCCUCUGCGGGAUUGUCGUCCAGCCGGCCGCAGACCAACCACUCCAAUUCCAGGCCGCAGACCAACCACUCCAAUUCCAGGCCGCACACAAACCACUCGAACUCCAGGCCGCACACCAACCACAGUACAUCAAGGCAUUCCCGGGUGCACAAAAUGCUGCUCGAACAGGAGGAAUUUCAAAUGCAGCAGCAGGCACAGGAGCUGCAAGAAGAACUACCCUACGUGAACCAAAACCAAGACGCGGACCACGCCAGCGCAACAACAUCGCCAGGCCCGGGUGCAGUAGAAGUACCAGCAGCAGCUUUGAGUCACGAAAACAGUACCAACAGCAGCAAUAACUCCAGAGGUUUUUACAACAACAAUCCUGGCGCUGGAACUACUUCGCCCGGUGGGUCCUCAAACUUGUCUGGCCAACAAGGUCAGCCGAACACGACGGUAAACACGACCGGCAGCUCUUCCAUCAACUUCGACCCGUUCAUCGAUUUUGGGUCGCCCGGCUCAGUCUUGUUCGGCGAGGAGUUUAACGGGUUUGUGGACCAAAAAAUCAGGUCCUGGUCCGCGACGAACUCCCAAGCAGACACACAGUCCCUGCCCGCGAGCCCCUCGCCGGGAAACUAUUAUGCUUCGGCCUCCGCGACUGGCCCUGCGGCUGGUGCGGUUCUCGGUACUUCUUCUAGGAUCCAACAUCGCAGCAUCUCUCCGGGAGCUGCGUCUUCAAAUGGCGGCGUCGACACUUUCCAUCGAAAGAGCAGUUUCGACUCGCCGCAAACGUCAGUGUUGUUGGAUGCAGAGUACGAGGCGGUACGGAAGGAAUUGUUUGGGGACGAGGAUCCGAAAGAGAAGAGGACAAACCGCAGGAGGAGCCGAUCUCGGAGUCCGGAUUUCGAUUUGCUGGAUCUGCUACCUGAUGACAAUGUUGGAAGUGUGAACGACGGCACGACAGCAGGUCUCGUUGAUCAAACGAUGGAAGAAGCGAAUUCACAUGCGGCGAAAAACAAAACGAAAAAUAAAACCUCUUCUAGAAAGUCGUCCAAAGAUGAAGCUGCAACUCCUUCCCGUUCCCGAACUCCGGAACGUCCGCCGCCGUACCAGUUCCUGGGCGGCCAGUACCUGUCCGGGGUGUACUCCACCUCAGAUCCCAACUUGAAACUGCAGAAGAAAGACUUGUUCCCCUCCAGACACAGAAAGGCAAAGGCUGGUCCUGUAGUUGUUCCUGGUGGAUCAUCUUCUCCUGGAAGUAAUCAAAAUCCAAAUCAAAAUCAAGAACCGCUGCGCAGACGAGACAUCCAGGCGAACCUGUCGCACAAUUUGUCUCUCACGAAGAUGAAGGACGAGAAGAUCUGCAUCGGGUCCAUUCAACCCUCCUACGCGAGCCUGAAGCACUCGACGGAGAACGUGUGCUGGAACCGGCUGAAUUCCGUGGAAGACGUCCCCGUGAAACCCAUCUGGAAGCCCACGCUGGCGACGAAGCUGCGGUCUUCCGUGCAGAAGCAACGGGAAAAACUGUACGGCCGACCGGGGAAUGUGUCCCGGUACCAGGAGCACGGGUACAAAAGUAGCUACAAUUUACCGGUGGUGUUGCAGCCGAACGCACAGUUUCUGUUCGGAAACAGCGGCCGGAGUCCGAAGAUCUGA